UCUAACGACUCUGCCAACUCGUCCCACUUUCGCUGUAGAUAAUAACAUUGCAUACACAACAGCAGUCAGUCAGAUCUGCGACUCGAGUGUGCUUCAUUUGUGUCCGUGUCGUGUACCAAAACCCCGACAGAACAUACCCCACCAAGGAAAGCAUGGCUGGUAUCUGCAAACGUAUUAUUAACACAGUUAAUGCCCCCAAAGCAAUCGGUGCUUACAGCCAAGCUGUAGUGGUUGAUAAAACUAUGUAUAUCUCGGGACAGCUUGGUCUUAAUCCUACAACCAUGGAGUUUCCUUCCAACAAUGCUGCUGAACAAGCUGACCAGGCUCUCAAAAAUAUGUCUGCAAUUCUCAAAGAGGCUGGGGCUUCUCUAAGCAAUGUUGUGAAAACCACAGUCCUCUUGGCUGACAUUAACGACUUUCAAGCAGUUAAUGAAAUCUACUCAAAAUAUUUUGCUGGAACUGACUUUCCUGCCAGAGCAGCUUAUCAAGUUGGUAAUUUACCAAAGCUUGCACGUGUUGAAAUAGAAGCCAUCGCUGUGUUAGCUAACAGUCAGUUGUAACCUGGUGCUAAUUGCCUAAAACUAAAAUAUUCACAGAGAUUUCAUACAAUAGUUUUGAUAUAAUAAACUUGCAAAGAAAUUCUAUAAAA